GCUGACGCUGAUAGACGCACACAGGCAGCAUCGGAGCAGCGGGUACCCGUAACCCUGGCUGACCUCAUUCACAGCGGUCCACCUGCCCCUUUCCCCCUCCAUGGCCGCCGCCGCCGCCUCUCGCGCCGCCGGCCGCCUCCUUUCCCCCCGUCUCCUCAUCGCCUCGCGCCAUCUCCAAGCAAGUGCCUCGGAGGGAUCGGCGAGGGAUGCGUCCACGAGCUUCAUCCACCCCGCCGCCGUCGUCCACCCCGACGCCGCCAUCGGCCAGGGUGUCACAAUAGGCCCAUUUUGCACCGUGGGGGCUUCAGCGAGGAUCGGUGAUGCUUGUCAGUUACAUACAGGGAGUCAUGUCACGGGACACACCGAGCUAGGAGAAGGAUGUGUUGUUCACACUGGUGCUAUUCUUGGUGCAGAUCUACCUGGACGAACAAUUAUUGGGGAAAAUAAUGUAAUUGGGAACUAUGCUGUGGUUGGUGUUAAGUGCCAAGAUCUCAAAUAUAAGCCAGGAGAUGAAUGCUUUCUACGCAUUGGUAACAACAAUGAGAUCAGAGAGUACUGCUCUAUUCACCGAUCUUCUAAACCUUGUGACUGCACGGUUAUUGGUGACAAUAAUCUCAUAAUGGGGUCCUGCCAUGUAGCACAUGACUGCAAGAUUGGCAGCAAUAACAUCUUUGCUAAUAAUACUCUAUUUGGUGGCCAUGUUAUUGUUGAAGACUGCACUCAUACUGCUGGGGCUGUCGUUGUCCAUCAAUUUUGUCACAUUGGAUCAUUCUCAUUUCUAGGCGGAGGCUCUGUGGUUGCACAAGAUGUUCCAAGAUACACGAUGGUUGCAGGUGAUAGAGCAGAGCUUCGUGGUCUGAAUCUUGAAGGUCUCAGGCGCAACGGUUUCUCAGACCAAGAGGUACGGAGCCUAAGGAAAGCAUAUAGGAAAGUAUUUAUGCCAGCCAGUAGUUCCCAGAGUAACUUUGAAGACCGACUCGCUGAACUGGAACGGGAAAUUGAGCUAUUGGAAUCUCCCUCUGUAUCCUAUAUGGUGGAAUCUAUUCGCACCUCAUUUGACCAAGGACGUCGUGGAAUUUGCAAAUUCAGAAGUUGGAACAUCUCAUAAGUUGUAAGUUACCAAGCUCAUCUGUGCACUGAUUGAGUUGCAGGAUAGCAUCGUUGGGAAUAUAUGAGCUCAUUUUAUUUCUAGAUCUACCAAAGAGAUAAGCCAAAUCCCUAUUAAGCAGAGACUUUUCCAGGAAGGUGGAUCACAAUUCACAGUGAGCAUAUUGAAAAUGCCCCAGAAGUUGUUUUCUGGCAUCACUAUAUUUCUGGGAUCUAUAUUUGCUGGCUAUUAUAUUGAUUUUAGUUUGUUAUUUCUGUGCCAAUGUUGAUUGUAUUAUCUGCUUUAUUGUAAGGCCUAAACUGACUCUAUGGAAUGCUCAGUUUCAAUUCUCGUUGUUCUUCUAUACCCGAUGCAUGGAUACACCUUACAGACAGCGAGUGACCUAGUGCCAGUCAAUCCAGAUGAAACCUGGGUUGUGGACAAGAUGAUUGUCGCACCGAUUAUAGGGAAGUUUUUUGUAAUACCUAUACUAGUUUUCUUGCCUCCUGGAUGUACAAUCCUUGUACUAUAGCUCAUAGUUGUAAGCUACAAUUCGACAUGGCCUUUAUUUUGUUCAGAGAUGUCUUUGGAUCUCAGGCUCGAAGCUGUAAGAUCUGGAUGCCGUUAUUGUGGAGAUGCACAUAGUCACUGUUUGUA